AUGAUCCACGACGUCGCUUCAUGUCAUGGUGUUGAGGUCGAUCGCGAGGCGCUCAGAGUCGCUCGGCGGCCGUGCUCGGUAGGGGAAGCGGCUAGUGUAAGCUUUACUGUCGUGUCACAGUGUCAGCGACGUUUGUUGUACUACCACCGGUCGACGUCUUCUGCCAUGGUUUCAAGCAGCGGAGGCGGGAGGUCCACUUUUAGCGAGGAGGCCCCGGCGUGA